AUGAGUGCGAGUGCCCGGAUUGUUUCCGCGUUUCUGCUGAUUUCCUUCAUCACAGCUGUUCCUGUGCAGAAGAGCGAGAGGAUCGAUGACUCUGGUGAUCUCACUGCGGAAUCGUCUGAAAUAAUUUCUGAAGCUAUAGCACCACCAUCGAAUCUAAGGUCGCAUUCAAGAAACGCAGCCAGAAUAGAAGAUGACCAUUCAAUUGAAGUAGUUGGUGAUUCACAGACAUUCUUUCCAUCAUUUGCAAAUCUAUUCGAGCCGAGGCAACAGAACAACUACAAAUUUGGAUUCGGGAGCCAAGAAGCCGCUUUUAGUCAACGACCAAAUUCAUACAGGUCGUUAUUAAACUACCCUCUAUUCGGAGGCUAUAGAGCGUUAGACAAUUUCGCUAAACAAAGUACACCAGCUUCUGAACCCAUCGUAGAUGCAAGCACCAGUGUGCUUGGUUCUGGUAAUUUCGGUAUCAUAAGAGGAGGCACAUUUUUGUCCCAAAAUGAAGAGGAUGAUUACAGCGACGGUCUAUCCUUUUACAACAAUGGCCACGGAAGACCAUCUUACAAUCUCGGGUAUAUAGCUAAUCCUAGGCCAAACUACAAUCAUGAUCAGUUCGCUAAUUUCAAAGAUUUUGCCGAUAUCAACACCCCAUCGAACUCAGCGUACUCCCAUUAUGUUGUUGUAUAUGCCAAUAAGAAUGCAACUCUUGACGAGGUCAGUGAAGAAUCUAGACAGGUUGUAACAAAACCUAAAAAUAUCAUCGAAACUCUAGAACAACUCGAAACGACAGCAUCGCCCAAAGUAUCGAAGUCGAAGGCAAAAUUAGCUGCAACAAAACAAAAGACAGAGACAAAGAAAAAUCAAUGGAAAAAAUCGAAACUUUCGAACAUCAAACACGACCCAGAAGAACCGUUACUAGCUUUAAGUUAA